CCUGGCGCUCUGGCCUGGCUCGGGCACCGGAGGACGAGACCGCGCGACUGGCCGGCCGAGCCCUGGGCCGGCCGCGGGAGCAGGGUCCGCGAUGGCGCUCUCCCUGACGGGGCUCGUUGCCUUCUCCUUCCUGCAAGCCACCCUUGCCCUGAACCCUGAGGACCCCAACGUGUGCAGCCACUGGGAGAGCUACGCUGUGACUGUCCAGGAAUCGUAUGCACACCCCUUCGAUCAGAUCUAUUACACACGAUGCACAGACAUCCUCAACUGGUUCAAGUGCACCAGGCACCGGAUCAGUUAUAAGACGGCGUAUCGGAGAGGCCUCCGGACCAUGUACCGGCGGAGGUCCCAGUGCUGCCCUGGCUACUAUGAGAACGGAGACUUCUGCAUACCCCUGUGUACGGAGGAGUGUGUGCACGGCCGCUGCGUUUCCCCGGACACCUGCCACUGCGAGCCUGGCUGGGGAGGGCCCGACUGCUCCAGCGGCUGCGACAGCGACCACUGGGGGCCCCACUGCAGCAACCCGUGCCAGUGCCAGAACGGCGCCCUGUGUAACCCCAUCACAGGCGCCUGCGUGUGCGCCGCCGGCUUCCGUGGAUGGCGCUGCGAGGAGCUCUGCGCGCCUGGCACCCACGGCAAGGGAUGCCAGCUGCCGUGCCAGUGCCGACACGGUGCCAGCUGCGACCCCCGCACCGGCGAGUGCCUCUGCGCGCCUGGCUAUACCGGCGUCUACUGCGAGGAGCUGUGCCCUCCUGGGAGCCAUGGAGCUCACUGUGAGCUGCGCUGCCCCUGCCAGAAUGGGGGCAUCUGCCACCACAUCACUGGCGAGUGUGCCUGCCCCCCAGGCUGGACGGGAGCAGUGUGUGCCCAGCCCUGCCCACCAGGAACAUUUGGCCAGAACUGCAGCCAGGACUGUCCUUGCCACCAUGGAGGGCAGUGUGACCACGUGACUGGACAGUGCCACUGUACAGCUGGAUACAUGGGGGACAGGUGCCAAGAGGAGUGCCCCUUCGGGACCUUCGGCUUCCAGUGCUCACAGCGCUGUGACUGCUACAAUGGUGGGCAGUGUUCACCCACCACGGGUGCCUGCGAGUGUGAGCCUGGCUACAAGGGCCCGCGCUGCCAGGAGCGACUGUGCCCAGAGGGCCUUCAUGGCCCAGGCUGCACCCUGCCCUGCCCCUGUGAUGCUGACAACACCAUCAGCUGCCACCCAGUAACCGGAGCUUGUGCCUGCCAGCCAGGCUGGUCUGGCCGCCACUGCAAUGAAUCCUGCCCUGCUGGCUACUAUGGCGAUGGCUGCCAGCAGACUUGCACCUGUCAGAAUGGUGCCGACUGCCACAGCAUCACUGGGGGCUGCACUUGUGCCCCGGGCUUCAUGGGAGAGGUCUGUGCCGUUUCCUGUGCAGCAGGGACCUACGGCCCCAACUGCUCGUCCAUCUGUAGCUGUAACAAUGGUGGCACCUGCUCCCCAGUAGAUGGCUCCUGUACCUGCAAGGAAGGGUGGCAGGGCCUGGACUGCACCCUGCCGUGUCCCAGUGGGACAUGGGGCCUGAACUGCAACGAGAGCUGCACCUGUGCCAAUGGGGCAGCCUGCAGCCCCAUAGAUGGCUCCUGUUCCUGCACCCCUGGCUGGCUGGGAGACACCUGUGAGCUGCCUUGCCCGGAUGGCACAUUUGGGCUGAACUGCAGUGAACACUGUGACUGCAGCCAUGCUGAUGGAUGUGACCCUGUCACAGGCCACUGCUGCUGCCUGGCCGGAUGGACAGGCAUCCGCUGUGACAGCACGUGUCCAUCUGGCCGCUGGGGCCCCAACUGCUCUGUCUCCUGCAGCUGUGAGAAUGGAGGCUCCUGCUCCCCAGAGGAUGGAAGCUGCGAGUGUGCCCCUGGCUUCCGAGGACCCUUAUGCCAGAGAAUCUGUGACCCUGGGUUCUACGGCCACAGCUGCGCCCAGCCAUGCCCCCUCUGUGUGCACAGCAGCGGGCCCUGCCACCAUGUCAGCGGCAUCUGUGAGUGCCUCCCAGGAUUCUCUGGAGCUCUCUGCAACCAAGUGUGUGCUGGAGGACACUUUGGGCAGGACUGUGCCCAGCUUUGCUCCUGUGCCAACAAUGGGACCUGCAGCCCUAUCGAUGGCUCCUGUCAGUGCUUUCCUGGAUGGAUUGGCAAGGACUGCUCACAGGCUUGCCCACCCGGGUUCUGGGGCCCUGCCUGCUUCCACACAUGCAGCUGCCACAACGGGGCGAGCUGCAGCGCCGAGGACGGGGCCUGCCACUGCACCCCUGGCUGGACUGGACUCUUCUGCACACAGCGCUGCCCAGCAGCAUUUUUUGGGAAGGACUGUGGGCGUGUAUGCCAGUGUCAGAAUGGCGCCAGCUGUGACCACAUCAGUGGCAAGUGCACCUGCCGCACAGGCUUCACCGGGCAACACUGUGAGCAGAGAUGUGCUCCAGGAACCUUUGGCUAUGGGUGUCAGCAGCUAUGUGAGUGCAUGAACAACUCCACCUGUGACCAUGUCACCGGCACCUGUUACUGCAGCCCUGGCUUCAAAGGAAUCAGGUGUGACCAAGCUGCCCUCAUGAUGGAGGAGCUGAAUCCCUACACCAAGAUCAGCCCAGCACUGGGUGCAGAGCGGCACUCGGUGGGUGCUGUCACAGGCAUCAUGCUCCUGUUAUUCCUCAUUGUGGUGCUGCUGGGCCUAUUUGCCUGGCAUCGGCGGCGGCAGAAAGAGAAGGGCCGAGACCUGGCUCCCCGCGUCUCCUACACACCUGCCAUGAGGAUGACCAGCACCGACUACUCCCUCUCAGAUUUGUCUCAAAGUAGCAGCCAUGCCCACUGCUUUUCCAAUUCCAGCUACCACGCACUGGCAUGUGGGGGGCCUGCCACCAGCCAGGCCAGCACUCUGGACAGGAACAGCCCCACCAAGCUCAGUAACAAGUCCCUUGACAGAGACACAGCAGGCUGGACCCCCUACAGCUAUGUGAACGUGUUAGACUCCCAUUUCCAGAUCAGUGCCCUGGAGGCCAGGUACCCGCCCGAGGACUUCUACAUUGAACUUAGACACCUCAGCCACCCUGCUGAGCCACACUCACCAGGUGCUUGUGGAAUGGAUAGACGUCAGAACACAUACAUUAUGGACAAAGGCUUCAAAGAUUACAUGAAAGAAUCCGUGUGCAGUUCUAGUACUUGUUCCUUGAAUAGCAGUGAAAACCCUUACGCCACAAUUAAGGACCCACCCAUCCUCACCUGCAAGCUUCCAGAAAGCAGCUAUGUAGAAAUGAAGUCGCCUGUGCACAUGGGGUCUCCGUACACAGAUGUGCCAUCCUUGUCGACAUCUAAUAAAAAUAUAUAUGAAGUUGAGCCCACAGUCAGUGUGGUCCAAGAAGGUCGCGGUCAUAACUCCAGCUAUAUCCAGAAUCCAUACGACCUACCUAGGAACAGCCAUAUUCCUGGUCAUUAUGACCUCCUCCCAGUAAGACAGAGCCCUGCCAAUGGGCCAUCCCAGGACAAGCAAUCUUAAGAGGGAUAAGCUUCUCUCUUGCAGUGUGCUCUACUGAAUAUUCUGACUCUCUGAAAGAAGACAAUCCCUUGACUUGAAGUAAUGGUACAGACUGGCUCCAGCUGCAUGUUAGUUAUUACGUUCACCUGGAACUAAAGAAGAGCGUCCAGGUGGGACUGGGAUAAUUGUUCAAGGAAUUGUGUUCUCAAAGGCAAAUCCUAUCACCCACUCAGCCCCAAAUGCCCUGGAUAUGAUUUUUAAAACAUUUUAAGAUAUAACAACUCAUCAACAUCAGCUAAAUAUAGCUGAUACAUAUAUAUUUAUCUGAAACGUGAUAUUUUAAAAACAUGUAGGUUUAACAAACCUUCCUAGGACAAAAAGGAGACUGGGGAAGGAAGAGGAUUACUUUAAAGCACCUAAAACGUAUAUGUACUUUUGGUUGCUGUUAUCAUCAACAUCUGUUUUAUUACUGAAGACAAUUAGUACAUAGACAUGAACUGUUCUUAAAUAGAACAGUCUUAAAAUAUCUGUACAUAUGUGUCUGGUCCAUCAAAUUACAACAGCCAAGAUUACAGAAUCUAGUAUAUAGUCUUAUGCUGACAACUUCCAUUUUAAAAAAACAAGACUUUACUUUCUUCUGCCCCGAUAGGUUUAAAUACACACACAGACACACAGACACAUAGACACACAUACACACACACACACACGUAUCCAAAGUGCAGCAACAAGUCUGCAACAAGAUUCCUAGGGCAGCUUUAUCAAAUUUUGCCAAUUCAAAGUUUAAGGACAUUACAAGUCAGUGCUGGCUAUGUCAUACCUACUUAGUCCAUUCAACACCUGAAUCAUUCCAUGUAAAACAGAGCUCUAAGAUGAUCCUUUAAGUAAGCAGUCACAGACUGGUUGGGAUUAAGUAUCCCUAAAGACGGCUAGUUGGCCUCCUCAUUUUAUUUGGUCAGCAUCCCUUGACUCAAAGGAAUACUUGCUUCCAAGUAGUUCCUCAUAAAUCUUAGGAUUGAUGUAGUAUGAAACCUAAAAGUAUACAGGAAAUUGGACAAAUGUGGAUAUAGGAAAUUUACAUUGCUUAAAGUACAUUACGCUUUUUGAUGGAACUAAAUGAAAUGAUCAAAAAAAGAAUGAACUGUAACCAGUUGCUAUAACGUGAUGUAAAAAGUUACUGUAAACAGCAGGGGAUAUGAAGUCCUUCCACCUUCUAUCUUAAAACUACUACUUACUGAGCUAGCCCAAUAUGCAUUACAAUGAGCUAAUGCUCCAGAUCCCAGUAUUCAUAUGUGUCUGUACCUUCCACUAUGAACAUAGAUAAACUGAGGCUCAGAUGAGUCCAAAUGAAGUCAAAUCCCAAGCCCUAAAGAGAACCUUCUCACAAGAAUUAAAAACAAAAAGGGCAAACCUAGGAAGCUAAUGGCUACUCCUGUACCACUCUAUUCACUGGUACAGUCCAGCCAGUAAAAAACACUUCCAAAAAGAUAUACAGAAGAGGAACUAAAUGAUUACAAAGCUGGAAUACUGCUACAGCAAGUAUGAGAGUUCUGAAACCCUUGAUAGAAAUUGGAAGCCUGCCAUGGAACACAAUACUUUGGGCAAUAAUCAGAAAAAGCAAAAAAAUAAAUAAAUGAGUACAUCUCCCCUUCCCACGUCACUCAAGGCAUAAGCAAAUUUUACUGUUAGAGGAAAAUAUAUAAUACUUACAUGAAUGCUGCAUGUGUGCAUGGGAACAACUGAUUAGCAAUAGUAAAUUUACUUUCCAAAAAAGCCUUAUUAAAAUAUAAAUAUUAGAAAAUUACUUUGUAGACCCAAGUAAAUACUUCUCAUACAUAUGUAGAAAGAAAUAUAAGUAAGCGGCUUACCUCAGUAUUUCAGGGCAGCAAGUGUUUGUGAAGCAAAGAUGAAGAAGCAUGAAGAUGUCAGAUCAGCAAGGAGAAACUUCAACUCAAUCCCAGGUUUUCUCUUCUUCCCUUAUCCUGCAUGUAUAAUAACUGCUGCCUGGCAAACUACAAACAAGCAGCAUCACUCAAGUUUCAAGUUUCGCCUCUUUUGUCAACUAUCCUCUGGGCAAAGGUAUUCAGCAACAGGUGGAAAGGCUAGGCACUGAAUCAAGAGACUUCAGUGUUACUCUGGUCAAGUUAGUUGCCCUCUCUGGGCUCCUUUUUUUUCUAUGCAUAAAAAAGGGGAGAAACAGAGAGUGGGAAGACAGCUCUAAUAACCCUUCAGGUCUAGCAUUCCAUGACUUUUUAAGGAAAUAUAAUACAAGUCAAACCAGGCAAUACAGAGAAGGGAAAGGCAGAAGGUGUGAUUAUGGUGACAAUAACUGCCUUCACCUAUCGAAGAGUUAUCAGUAAAAGACAUUUCAAUCUUACAAAGCAACUGUUAGAAACUUCUAACACCAUCACAAAUAGGUUCAUGGUCAGCCUAAACAUGUGCACUGUGCAUUUUAUGGGCGACUUUGAAAGAUCUCAAUUAUUUUUCAGAAACUAAAUUUUCAGACAAAUAUGUGUACAAUUAAAAUGAAUGAAAGAAAAACCAUUAUUGUACAGUAGUAUUAAUGAGACUGUGAAAUGGCAAUACUUUUUUAAAUCACAGAUUUGUAAUAUAUAUAUUCACUGUGCAGAGGGAUUGUACCUUGUACAAAAUAAAACAAAUUUCUCAAACUAAUUUAACAAGAAUGCAUACUGUUGUGCUGCAAAUGGAAAACACGUUUAUAAUCUACACCUUAAGUUUAAGGGUAGAACUAACCUACAUCCUGCUUGGGCACUUUAAACAGCUGGAAGAACGAAAAUUAUUCUAGUAGAUGCUUGAAAAUAAGUGAAAAACUUGUAUGGAAUUUUUGACAGAGAAGUCUCUUUCUUUAAAAUAAAAAAUGUGAGCACCAUAUUUUUAUUCAUGUUCAAAAGUUAUUUAAAAAUCUCAUAUACAUUCAGUAUACUAAAAUUAGAGGGUUUCUCAGCUUUCACAAAUAUUUGGACUCAAAGACAACUAUUACAGUUUGUGCUCAGCCCCAGAGGCACAAAGGUACUUAUAUGGAAUGAAUAAGGGCCAGUGUAAGGGCCACUUAAUUUCUAUAAAUGCAAUGAACAGCUUUCCACGAGUAGAAGUUAUCAUCCAGUAGAGUUACUAUGGGUAUAUCUGUUUUACAAACUUUAAAGACAUAAACUUGUGAUCAAACUGGUAAAGCAGCAACAGGGUUACUUUUUAAUAAAAUACAGAUGCUAAAAUAUAGCUUACUGAGUUCAUUCAAAUAAGUUUAAAAUUCCUCCUUCAUAGUUCCAAAGGUUUGUAUAUAAUCCUCAUAUGUAUAUAACCCUCAUAUUCUGAAGACCCAUUCAUAAGAGAUUACUAAUAGGUAAUUCUCAAGAGCUAUGAGUUGACAUCUCAGUUAAAGACAAAAUAUAAUCAAGAGUUUUAAGACUAAAAAAGAUAUUUACUGACAGUAGUAUAAGAUUAUGCACCACAAGUCUCAGAAUAUUACUCAGUACUACGAAUGAUAACUAAUGGCCAAUUGCUGCAAGUUGUGCACUCAGGAAUGACACAUUAGCCAUUCAUUUAACCAGAGGGAAGAAAGAAGAGGCCCAUUUAAUCAAUAUGCAGCAACAGGAAAUGGAAAAUCUUUCUAUGAAGGGAUGAAUACAUGGGGGGUUCACUGUACUUUUAUACUUUCGUAUAAUUAUAUAUAAGUAUAUAUUUAUAUAAUUGUAAUAUAUAAUUCUGUAUAAUUUUAAUAAAAACUUUAAAAUUUGAAUAGUAAUUCUCAGCUCCCCAAGCUACACCAGAAUGAACCCUAAGAUUAGCCCUCUCACUCUUUUAGAUGGCCCUCCCUAAUUGUCCUGACAUGGAAUUGUCAAGGGGAGGGGGAGAUAGAUACUAUGAAUGUAAAUACAGGUUGAGUAUCCCCUAUCCAAAAUGCUUGGGACCAGAAGUGUUUCAAAUUUGGGAUUUUUUCAAAUUUUGGAAUAUCUGCAUAUACAUAAUGAGCUAUCUUUGGGAUGGGACCCAAGUUUAAACAUGCAAUUCAUUUUACACUUCAUAUUCACCUUGUACACAUAGCCUAAAGGUAAUUUUAUACAAUAUUUUUAAUAAUUUUGUGCAUGAAAUAAAGUUUGUGUGUAUUGAACCAUCAGAAAGCAAAGGUGUCACUGUCUCAGCCACCCAUGUGGACAAUCUGUGGUGGUUUGCAACACCAUCAUUCCUGACUGUGAAUUUCUAUACUACCAAUAAGUAAUUCAUUUUCUUACACUUAUUCACACAUUCACACUAGUAUUUACAAAAUAUGAUCAUCAAUCAUUAAUACCGGGAAAAAGAAUGUGUUCAGGGUAACUAAGCAGCACAGUAGCAUCACCAGAGUGUCUGUACCAGCAGUUAAACCACCACCACCACCAGCUGGCUUUCAGUCUCCACCUACGAUGCUGUUUUGAUUGAAAGGUUACUGUACACCUAUGCGGGAACACUGAAUAAACUGUGUGUGGCGUGCCUGCGUUUUGACUGUGACCUGUCACAAGGUCAGGUGUGAAAUUUUCCAACUGUGACAUCAUGUGAGUGCUCACGUUUUCAAUUUUAAAGCAUUUUGAAUUUUUGGAUUAGGGAUGUUCAACCUGUAUGAAAAAAGCAUGUUCCCUGCCCUUGUGGCUCUUACAAUGUAGUGACUACCAAAGGAGAGAGAUAAAUGGAGAGCCCUGGUGAUCAGUGGGGUGCUGAUUAUGUAUUUUCUUCCCUGGGCUUACAGAGCUAGAAAGAAUAAACAAUGCUCUAAUCCAAACCCACAGAAAGUGGAAGCUCUGCUCUUUAGCUUCAGUUGUCAGAUUCCCUCCUCAUUCCACCUUCUGCUUCCCAAGCCACUGUCCAGUCUAGCAGAUGGCCUUCCAGAUCCUUGGGUCUGAAAGCAUGGGGACUGUACAAAGUACGGUACUGUUAUUUAGGCAUCCACUCUAAUGUAAAUCAAAACUAGUAAAUGAGGACCCCAACUGCCUCCUCCAGAAUUGGUUUCACAUCAAAGACAGCCUAUGGAAAGUGUUGCUUCUUGGGGCUUCCCAGACUGUCCCAUCUCAGGCAUGAUCUUCUACGGUAUUCUUCGGCCCAUAUGAUGAAACACUUUGGCACAGAGGCUAGUACAAUGGUCAGCAACUUCUUAAAAGAUAUGACAAGGAACGGUACCCUCUUCCCUAGAGAUACCUUAGAAAACGGUAUGCUGAGAGAUUAGAGGUUGUCAACAGGGGGAUAGGUGCUAAAAACACAUUAUUAUUGUGUACAUUAUUCAUUGGGAUGAGAGUUAAAAAGAUCUGAGAUUUUGUGGUUUGGAGCAAGGUUAAGUUCCACUGACUCAAACACAGUAAAGGAAUCCUGUUGGCUGCUAAUUCUCACGACCAUCACUGGUACUGGUAACAUAGCAGUUAGCCAACAUACAUAACAUUUUGUGCUCACACCUGUGUCAGAAACUAUCCUAUAAUUAAUAAAUGUCAAAGACUUGAA